AAGUAGGUGGCAAUGACAUGCAAGACAAGAGUCCCGGUAAUCCUGAAAAUAAUCUGGUUUCUUUCUGUGUUCAACGAUGAAGAACAACAUUUUUACAGCUGUGCUUGUGCAAUACCAUGGCUGAUGUUAUGUCAGUAAAAAGAGGAAAGAGUCCUGCUGCAGACUUUUGUUGCGUGUCUGCCCUCCCCUCGUCAACAGAAGGAGGAUCUGCUCACAAUCUGACAGAAGCUGUUUGCUGCAAGCAGUUUCACCAAGGCAGUGUCGUACAGGAUAGGAUCCUUUCGAGAUGUCAAGCUCUCUGGUCGUGUGCGACGUGGAAGAAAGCCUGAGAGAAAAACUGAAAAAGUUCCGAUUUCGAAAAGAAACCAACAAUGCAGCCAUACUCAUUAAAAUAGAUAUGGCGAAACAGCUUGUCAUCCUUGAGGAGGAGUAUGAGGACAUCUCACUGGACGACCUGAGAAAUGAGCUUCCCGAGCGCCAACCCAGAUACAUUGUCUACAGCUACAAAUACACCCAUGCGGAUGGGAGAGUGUCUUAUCCCCUCUGUUUCAUUUUCUCAAGCCCAAUGGGGUGCAAGCCAGAGCAGCAGAUGAUGUACGCAGGCAGCAAGAAUCGACUGGUCCAAAUCGCAGAACUCACAAAGAUCUUUGAAACCAGGAAUGCCGACGACCUGACGGAAGAAUGGCUCAAGAACCAGCUGGCGUUUUUUCGCUGAAACUGCUUCUUCUGCAACUUUCAGACCUGCUUCUCAUUCCCUAAGCAAGAUCCUGAAUUUGACUUCCUCUUUUGUUUGUUGUGACAUUAAAACGCUCACUUACAGCAGCAGAGGUUUGGUUUCCAAGUUUUUCCUUAAUAUUGUAAUAUAGGAUUUCUGUGAGCUUCCAUGAAAAUGAUUGAGUCAUCAAGUUAAUUUACCUUAAAAUCUAAGCAGGUUAUAUAUACAUUUUUCCACUGACGUUGAUGUUUUUCAAUUCUGUAAGUGUAAGCUAAACAUCAAACAGCUGUUCUUUGUAAGUUUUAGCCCUGAUUUCAAGCUAAACCAUGUUAAAUAUAUUCAUACAUUUAUAUGAAUAUAAAAAUGUUAGAUUUAUAUUUAACACCAAUUCUUAGGUAAUUGGUGUUACGUAAGAAUGUUUAGUAAUGAUUCAAUCAGAACUGCAACACAUAAAAUGAAUGAAAGUAAUCUGAAGCAUUCCUCUAAAAUAAAAUUCAAAAAAAGUUAAAGCAAGAAGCAAAGACAGAACAAAUAAAACUUAAGCUUAUUUAAGACUGAGGUGUUUGGUAACUGUACAUUAUUCGAUUGAUUUCAUUUUGUAAAGUGCGAUGCAAUGACAUUUGUUGAGAAUUGGAACUACAUAAGUAAACUGAACUGGUUCUGCAUUCCCCAGAACCAGAACCGAACACGGAGAAGCAGCAUUCAGCUUCUAUGAACCUCAAAUCUGGAACAAACCUCCGGAAAACUGCAAAACAGCUGAAACACUGAGUUUGAACUAUAAUGAAUGAAUCAUUGACCAACAUGAUGUGUAUUGAUGAUUUUGAUGAUGGCACUUAAAAUGUAGCAUCUGUUAUUGGUUUUCAAAACUGUUGACUAUGUGAUGUAAGAUUAUUUUUUAAUGUUUUCGUGUUGCUGGGAUGUGCUAUGCAAAUAAACUUGACUCAAAUAAAUUA